AUGGAGUCGGAGAAGCGCUUCUGCCUGCGCGUGCGCAAUCUCCCAGCCGCACUGUCCACUGCGACCAUCACGUCCUUACUCACUCACUACGGUGCUACUCGUGUCCGCGUCUUUCCGCGUCAAAAUGCAGCAGUGUCAAGUGGCAGAGAACCCGGAGCAAUUGCAAAACACUCGCAGGACGCUAUUGCAACAUUCGAGACUCGUGAAGCUCAGAAGAAUGCUCAGAAACGACUUCAUUUGCUUGAAUUGGCAGGCCACUACUUGCAGGUGGCACCGGUUGGAGAGAAGGAUACGACUAAGUCGAAGGGGACAGAAGUAGCGGCUGUAGGAACUCAAAACAACGUCCAUGCAAAGUAUCGGACUCCGCUGCUUCUUUCUCACCCGAUACCACCACCACUUCCGCCGACGCCGGCUCCGGUGCAGAAUCCUGUCCAUGCUCCGGUACCUCUGGCCCCGCAUCUAGGCUUAGACUAUGCACCAUCGCCACUGCUCGAGUACAAGUACCCGAGAGCAACUGAAAGCAUUGUGUACAAUAUUGCAAAUGCCUUGAUUGCGUUGCCCCGCUUUUAUACGCAAGUACUGCAUCUCAUGAACAAGAUGAAUCUUCCGCCGCCAUUCAAAGAAGAUUCAAUUCCAGGCCGAUUUACUGCGAAGAAAGAUACAGCUGGACAGAAUUCUGGAGGUCCAAGAGGUAUGCAUAGUGAACGAUUAAAGCGCUGCAGGGUCGAUGAAAACUCAAAUGCGCGGAUUGUCAGACAAGAGGAAGAAGAAGAAGAAGAAGAGGGAGCUGAGAGUGAUGUCGUCGGUCAGGGUGCUGCGGUAGAAAACAGCUCUUGUACAGCUCCCGUUCAUUCCCCACUAUCAGCGCAUCGAUUGAGCAACGCUGGCAGCAGUACGACACAUUCAAUGACCGGCUACAAAGAGUCUGAUGAACCGUGUCGAGAUUACCCUCAUGAGGUUAUCAGCAAACAGUUGCCGCAACGAAAAGUGUUCUUACCGAUCAAGAAGAGCACUAGACUGACACCAGCAUUCCACUUUGAAGUAAACAAAGAUGGCUGUCGAAACGCAUCCCGUCUACUGCGUCCGGGCGUGAUUUCCGAAAAAGAGGUGAACCGACGGCGGCUUCUGCAAAAAGAGUGGUCAAAAGAGCAUCUGACGGAAUCGUACACUCGUGGUGUACCAUCUAACGCUAUCGUGGUGAGAAACGUUCCACAUGCGAUGGACGAAAAAGACUUACGAUCAAUAUUCGGCUAUGUGUUGCCAACGAGUAUAGCGCUGGACUCGAUCACGAUCACGUUAUUGCCAGCGAGGGGCUCUGCUAAAAUAGCUUACCCUGACGAAGUGGUGGCUACAUCGGCAGUGGAUGUGUUCCAUGGUCUACAAUUUGAAGGGAAAACGCUGAUCGUGAGUUUCGAUGACACAUCCACAGUCGUUUCAGAUGCGUCCGCUGUCGCUACGCGUUGGACAUUGCAGGACCUCGAAUCCAGGCAGUUAACUGCAACGCAACUUAAUGCUGAAAAGGCGAUGAAGGGAUAUCAACGCGGGGAGCCAUCAGACACGCUCUUCGUGAAAAAUCUUGCUGACCGAGUUACGUUGGCGGAUCUCAUUGCUGUGUUUGAAGCUAUCUUGCCACCCGAAUCUGUGCUUGACGCCCGAGACAUCCGACAUUUUACUGCAGGCCGGAUGAAGUGCCAGGCAUUCGUGAAAUAUCCCACUGCUGAACUUGCACAUCUUGCCAUACUUCGGAUCCAUGGUGUCGUGCUGAAAGACAAACCGCUCAUUGUGUGCUUUCGCAAACCUCGAUCAGACUGA